AAACUUUCUUUGUAAAAGAACAAAAAUGAGAGAGAGAUAGAGAGAGAGAGAGAGAGAGAGAGAGAGAGAGAGAGAGAGAAAUCCUUCCUCUGAAAGUAAAGAAAAUGGAGAGCCUGCGCCUUGCUGCACCCGAGCCUGUGCCUUGCUGCACCCGAGCCUGCGCCCUGCUGCACUGCGCCCUACCCCCUGCUGCAGAUCCCCUACUGCUUGCCUGCACCGAGCCUGCACUCUGCUGCGCCCGGCCUUGCUUCCUGCACCAGCUUUGCUCUGCACCAGCUCCUGCGCUCUGCACCAGACCGCCUGCACUCUGCUAUGCCUGUGCCCCUGCUGCUGCCCCUACUGCGCCUCUGCCUCCUGCACACUACAGCCAUACAGAAAAAAACAGCCAAUAGCAGACAAAAUUGGCAUCAUUAGUGACUUUUUUUAUUUUUAUUUUUAUUUCAUUUUGUUGCUUGGGUCUAUAUAUAGAGCAAAAGCAGAAUGCAAAAGGGGGUCUGGGGUGGUUGGUGAAGUUUUGGAGUUUGAUUGUGGGGUUGGUUUUUGGUUGAUUUUGGGUCUGUUAGCUGUGGAGUCUCAUCUGAGUUUUUGAGAGCAGAAGAAGGAAAUUCUGAGGAGAAGAAGGGGGUCUUUUGCUGGUUGAUUUUCGAGUUUAGUUUGAAAAGAAGAUCGAUUCUGCUCGCUGGAGGUGGGAAAACAAAACGGUAUUCUUGCUUUAGGUAAUCUCCUGAACAGAGGGAUUUUGUUCAGGAAUUUUUGGGAAGGAUAGUGAAGGAGACGAAUGGAGCCUGGUCCCGUGGGUGGGAUCCCUCCCUUCCGAUCUGGAUCUACCUCCUCCUAAAAAUUCCGCCGUGGGUGUUUCUGUUAUUUUCUGUUGAUUUUGUUUAGAUCUAUGUUUAAGUUUGUAUGUGUUUCGUUGGAAAAUGAAUGAAAAAUCAAAAA